GCCGCUCAGAAAGCGCGGGAAAGACACGCAGCCACGCCCCAAGGGCGCAGCCUAGGACAGCGGCUUCUGGAGCUUCUGGCAGCCGUCUGCCCUCAUGGCCUUUGCACCUAUGGGGCCCGAGGCCUCGUUCUUCGAGGUUUUGGACCGACACAGGGAGUCCCUGCUGGCUGCCCUGAGGAGAGGUGGCAGGGAGCCCCCAAGUGGGGGAAGCCGCCUGGCCUCCAGUUCUGAGGUUCUUGCAUCUAUAGAAAAUAUUAUCCAAGACAUAAUCACAAGCUUGGCAAGAAAUGAAGCACCUGCAUUCACGAUAGACAACAGAUCAAGCUGGGAAAACAUAAAGUUUGAAGAUUCUGUGGGUCUUCAGAUGGUAUCCCAUUGCACCACGAGAAAGAUCAAAAGUGAUUCACCAAAAUCAGCUCAAAAAUUUGCUCUAAUCCUUAAAAUAUUGUCCAUGAUUUAUAAAUUAGUACAGAGCAACACUUAUGCAACCAAAAGGGACAUAUAUUACACUGACAGCCAACUCUUUGGUAACCAGACUGUCGUCGACAAUAUUAUCAAUGACAUUUCUUGUAUGUUAAAGGUGUCAAGAAGGAGCCUACAUAUAUUAUCUACAUCAAAAGGUUUAAUUGCUGGCAACUUAAGAUACAUCGAGGAAGAUGGCACCAAGGUGAAUUGUACCUGUGGUGCGACGGCUGUUGCUGUGCCAUCGAAUAUUCAAGGAAUUCGGAAUUUAGUUACAGACGCAAAGUUUGUAUUAAUUGUAGAAAAAGAUGCAACAUUUCAGCGGCUCCUAGAUGACAACUUUUGCAACAAAUUGUCUCCGUGCAUCAUGAUUACGUCAACACCAGUCUUUCAGCACCUGAAAUCCAAGGGAAAGGGAGUUCCUGAUCUAAACACAAGACUUUUAGUCAAGAAACUGUGGGAUACGUUUCAUGUUCCUGUUUUCACUCUUGUAGAUGCUGAUCCACAUGGCAUAGAAAUAAUGUGCAUCUAUAAGUAUGGAUCUAUGUCUAUGUCUUUUGAAGCUCAUCAUCUCACAGUUCCAGCUAUUAGAUGGCUUGGUCUUCUCCCUUCUGAUCUUAAAAGGUUAAAUGUACCUAAAGAUAGUUUGAUUCCACUGACAAAAAGGGACCAAAUGAAACUUGACAGUAUCCUGAGGAGACCUUAUGUUACCUGCCAACCAUUUUGGAGAAAAGAAAUGGAAAUAAUGGCAGACUCUAAAAUGAAGGCAGAAAUUCAAGCUUUGACUUUCCUAUCAUCAGAUUAUCUUUCCAGAGUGUACUUACCUAACAAAUUAAAAUUUGGAGGAUGGAUAUAAAAAUAAAUCAGAAGAACUUCUGAUUGCCAGAGGCUUUUCAUUAGUUUUGUUUUUGAUUGCCAAAUACUAUUGUGGAAAGAACAUAUAUUAUAUUCUUAAUUCUGUAAAGGUGAAAUAAAAUAACUUUCCGUUAAUUAUAUUUUUUUGUCAAAACAAAUGCUCUACUCCAAUUUUCUUUAGAAAGCCUUAUUCUUUCCUCUAUAGAGACAGAUUUCUGUCCUAUCUUCUAAAGUAGAUUAUAAAAGAAUAUGUUAUUUUGACCUUUAAAUUGUGUUUGAAAAAAUAAUACUUUAUACGUGUCAUCAAAGUCUACAAAAUACUUUAUUUGCCUUCUAUGAUACAACUAAUGUUAAGGCAUAAAGUAUCUUACUGGUAACAAAAAUCAUAAUGAUCUGAAUUUGAGAUGUUGCAAAUGAAUUUUGGUGUCCAGUAGUUUCUUCUUACAUUUUCCUUUGCCUUUAUACUUUAGGGGUCUUACUCCAUUAAUUCAUUUGUUACAUUAGUAAAAUUCAGUAUGAAUAAAUAUUUGGAUUGAUGUA